AUGUGUGGUAUUUUAGGUAUCGUGUUAGCAAACCAGUCUACUCCAGUAGCUCCAGAGUUGUGUGAUGGAUGCAUAUUUUUACAACAUCGUGGUCAAGAUGCAGCCGGUAUAGCCACCUGUGGUUCUGGUGGUAGAAUCUACCAAUGUAAAGGUAACGGUAUGGCUCGUGACGUUUUCACUCAACAGCGUGUAUCUGGUCUUGCCGGUUCCAUGGGUAUUGCCCACUUGAGGUAUCCUACAGCUGGUUCCUCCGCCAACUCAGAAGCACAACCAUUCUACGUUAAUAGUCCUUAUGGUAUCAACAUGGCACAUAACGGUAAUCUAGUGAACACCGCCUCAUUAAAGAGAUACAUGGAUGAGGAUGUUCACAGACACAUCAACACUGACAGUGAUUCCGAAUUAUUAUUGAAUAUUUUUGCUGCUGAGUUAGAGAAGCAUAACAAGUACAGAGUCAACAACGAAGAUGUCUUUCAUGCUUUAGAGGGUGUUUAUCGUCUGUGUCGUGGUGGUUAUGCUUGUGUCGGUUUACUAGCUGGUUUUGCAUUAUUUGGGUUUAGAGAUCCAAACGGUAUCAGGCCGUUGUUGUUUGGUGAAAGAGAGAACUCAGACGGGACCAAGGAUUACAUGCUGGCUUCGGAAAGUGUCGUUUUCAAGGCCCACAACUUCACUAAAUACCGUGAUUUGAAGCCUGGUGAAGCAGUCAUUAUCCCCAAAAACUGUAGUAAAGGUGAACCUGAGUUCAAACAAGUCGUCCCAAUAAACUCUUAUAGACCAGAUUUGUUCGAAUAUGUUUAUUUUGCCAGACCAGAUAGUGUCUUGGACGGUAUAUCAGUUUAUCACACAAGAUUGGCCAUGGGUUCCAAGUUAGCCGAAAAUAUUUUGAAGCAUUUGAAGUCUGAAGACAUUGAUGUUGUUAUUCCUGUUCCAGAUACUGCAAGAACGUGUGCAUUGGAAUGUGCUAAUGUAUUAGGGAAACCGUACAGAGAAGGCUUCGUUAAGAAUAGAUAUGUUGGCAGAACAUUUAUCAUGCCUAACCAAAGGGAAAGAGUUUCCUCAGUAAGGAGGAAGCUCAACCCUAUGGAAUCUGAAUUCAAGGGUAAGAACGUUCUGAUAGUAGAUGAUUCCAUCGUUAGAGGUACUACUUCCAGGGAAAUUGUUAGUAUGGCUAAGGAAUCUGGUGCAGCAAAGGUCUUCUUUGCAUCAGCUGCGCCAGCUAUUCGUUAUAAUCAUAUUUACGGUAUCGAUUUGACAGAUACCAAGAACUUGAUUGCCUAUAACAGAACCAACGAUGAAGUAGCGGAAGUGAUUGGUUGUGACAAAGUUAUCUAUCAAUCAUUGGAAGAUUUGAUCGAUUGUUGUAAAACCAGUGAAAUAUCGAAGUUUGAAGAUGGUGUUUUUACCGGAAGUUACGUUACAGGUGUUGAAGACGGUUAUAUACAAGAACUGGAAGAAAAACGUGAAUCGAUCGCAAACAACUCUUCAGAUAUGAAAGCUGAAGUUGACAUCGGAUUAUAUAACUGUGCGGAUUAUUGA